AGUAAUAAAUUCGCUCAGUUCAAGCUAGUGCUUCUCGGAGAGUCUGCGGUGGGCAAAUCUUCCAUAGUGCACCGUUUCGUCAAAAACACGUUUGAUGACAUGCGAGAAUCGACAAUCGGAGCUGCGUUCUUGACUCAGACCAUCAACCUCCCGGAAUCAAAGACAACGAUCAAGUUUGAGAUUUGGGACACAGCCGGACAAGAAAGGUAUAAGUCGCUUGCACCAAUGUAUUACCGGAAUGCUAACGCUGCACUCUGUGUCUACGACAUUACGAGUCGCUCUUCUUUCGGCAAAGCGCAAGAUUGGAUCAAGGAAUUAAAGAAACAGGCACCAGAAGGUAUUGUGAUUGCGCUUGUUGGAAAUAAGUCGGAUUUAGAAGAAAGUCGUGAAGUUGAUUCGGCAGAAGUCGAGGAAUACGUCCAACAGGCAAACGAGGACGGCAAUACUAUCAUUAUCUCCGAUUGUUCAGCUAAACUGGGCCAGGGAGUCUUAGAGAUAUUCACCCAGAUUGGCAGGGCCCUACCUGUGGACGAGGUAAUAGCAGGCAGCGGCGGAAGAGGACGACCAGCAGGGAGAAGAGCUGGCGGAGUUGAUUUGAACAGAGCCAGAAGACCCGAGGCUGCAAGUGGAUGUUGUUGA